GAAAUGCGUCCGGUAGUCUGAUUGGUCCAGACAGUCGGACCGUUUCCGAUGUCUGGUUUGGCCAGCGAUUUUUUCCCCUUCUUGUGUGAAGUGGACUCGUUCAGUCUAAACUCUGUUGUCUGCAGGUUAAAGGACUGAAGUUGCUGUCUUUACACGGCCCUGCCUUGAAACCCAAGGGCUGGGUGCAAGAGAGGUCCACCAUGUCUGAACUUUUUAUGGAAUGUGUAGAGGAGGAGCUGGAGCCGUGGCAGAAGCAAGUUCCUGAAGUUCACUUGAUAGACGAUGACGACGAUGAACCCAUUUUUGUCGGCGUGCUCUCUAAGAAUCAAAAGGAUGGGAAGCCCAACCCUCCACCUCCUCAGACAAACAGUGCAGAGAAACAAGAAGUAAAGCGCACUGCUCCUCCGCCGGCCAUUGCCUCCUCACAAAUAAUGCUGCCACUGAGUAUCACUGGAAAUGCAGUGAACGCAGUGACUGCAGCCCCCAACCUAACAACAGUGACUCCACAGCCUGUUAUCGUCAAUAACCAGGGCUUUAUUGUCACUUCUCCACAAUUAGCAAAUACCAGUGAGUUUAUUGCCUCUCUCGGCUCCCAGUAUCCUCUUGGGACUUCAUUUACAAUAGUACCAGCUGGUCAGCAGCAGCUUUUUCAGCAUGUCACUCCCGCCACAGUAAUACCUGGUGCUGUCCACAGGCCUCAGGUGCAACAAAUCAGCAACAAUAUCGUCACUUUGUCCAACGUCCAGAGCCCUGCUCUGUAUACAACUCAGUCUAAUCAGACGCAGCCCAACCGCUCCAACUCACAAUCUCUUCAGACGAUUUCUGUGCCUGUGAAGGCCAACAGCAAUACAAAAGAUCAAAUCUUAGUCAAACGAGGAUUGCCACAACAGCAACCAGACAGCGCUGCAAAAAAAGUCAAGCUUGAAUUGGGGUCAACAAAAGUAAUGGUACCAGUGGAAAAUGGGAUUUUUAAGAAAAAGUGCCCAAAGUGUCAAGAAGAAUUUGUUACGCAGGAGACCCUGAGGUGCCAUGUGACAAGCUGCUGUGCAAAAGUGGAAAGUGCAGCUCCUUCAGCCCCGGACGUGACUGCGAACAAGCGCAUCAUGUUGGUCUCAGAGUUUUAUUACGGCCAGUUUGAUGGAGAUGGGAAGAAAGAGAUGCAGAAGACCAACACCACUUUCAAGUGUCAGAGCUGUUUGAAAGUUCUCAAGAACAACAUCAGGUUCAUGAACCAUAUGAAGCACCACCUUGAGCUGGAAAAGCAGAACAGUGAGAGCUGGGAAAGUCACACAACUUGCCAGCAUUGCUACCGACAAUACAUGACUCCAUUCCAGCUGCAGUGCCAUAUUGAGAGUGCUCAUAGCCCAAUCGAAUCCUCAACCAAUUGCAAGAUAUGUGAGCUGGCGUUUGAAUCGGAGCAAGUUCUCCUGGAGCAUAUGAAAGACAACCACAAGCCUGGGGAGAUGCCCUAUGUGUGCCAGGUCUGCAAUUACCGGUCCUCUUUCUUCUCAGACGUGGAGACACAUUUCCGAAGUGUCCACGAAAACACAAAAGACCUGCUCUGUCCCUUCUGUCUCAAAGUUCUUCGAAGUAGUCAUAUGUACAUGCAACACUACAUGAAACAUCAGAAAAAGGGAAUCCAUCGCUGUGGAAAAUGCAGACUGAAUUUCCUUACCUACAAGGAGAAACUGGAGCACAGGACUCACGUCCACAAGACUUUCAGAAAACCUAAAGGCUUGGAGGGCCUUCCUCCGGGAACCAAGGUGACCAUUCGAGCGUCCCUCGUCGGAAAGACACCCGCACUACCACUCUCCUCCCCUGAUCGAUCUGGCAUUAUUGUCAGUCCAGAAACGCUAAGUUCCAUUGAACAAACUAAACCUCUGGUCAGUGUAUCCAAGUCCAAAUCAAACAGCUCUGGAGCAGGAAAACUCAAGACAACUCAGACCCGGAAGCAAGAUGGCCGUACCUCCAAACACAAUCUGGCACUCAGGAAUCUCAGAGUCAAUGGAGGGCACUACACGUGCAUCGAAUGCAACUCACAAGUUGACCACUUCUUCUCUCAUUUCCCUAUGGUUUCUAAUUGUGGUGCUUGUAAAUAUCGGACAAGUUGCAAAGUUUCCAUCGGCAAUCACAUGAUAAAAUUUCAUAGUACGAUAACCAAAAACAGAUUUCAGAAAAUGGAUCAUAAGAAAAAUCCAUCAGCUUUAAAACUAACCCUGGUAUGUCUCAACUGUGACCUCCUCGUGGACGCAUCCGGAGGUGACCUGAUGACCAGACAUUUAACUGACAGACCAAAUCACACAUGCAAAGUCAUUCAGGAGAAAGCAGAUAUGAAAGCCAAAGAUCGAGUGCAUCUCGUCUUGGGGCAACCAGCAAAAGUCUUGUACUUCUUGAUGUCAGCACCUGCUCAAAGACCGAAGGAAAUGGACUUCAAACAAGCUGAAAGUGUCACACCUCAAAGUGUCACUGUUGCUACUGUCAACCAGGCAGAAGCAGAGCAGAUGUCACCGGCAGGUGAUCAGGAAAAGAAUUUCAAAGAGGAACGUGCCACAGCAGGUUCCUCUGAAGGACAGUUAAAGCAGUCGUUGCUGCCCGCUUCAUCGACUUCCUGUACAUCAGAUGGGGUUUUAGAUCUGUGUGAUGAGUCAGUCGGUGACUCAGAGAGCCUGGAGGCCAGAGAGCAGCUCCCUGUCUCAGGGCUCAUCCCUGAGGAUGAGAUGAGGGAACACCAGACUAAUUCAGAUUGAACCUGUGCAUCAGCUAAGCAAUGAGCAUGACCCAUGAGACACAGUCGCAUCAGCCAAACCUCAGCAUUGUUUCCCAAACAAGUAUUGACUGUCUGAUAAUGUUGCUUUGGCUGCUGGUAUUUCCUGAGGAUUUAUGUGUUUGGUAAUUCAGUUUCAACGAAAAAAGUCAGAUUGUUUUUUCUUUUUUAACUCUCAUCUCAAACUUCCAUUCCCUGAAUAGAUGUACAAUAUCUUUGUAUUUACAAAUAAAAGUACAUGCACUACAACUUUAUUUGCCCUAUAAUCUAUAUAGUUAAAGAAUGUGUGUAUUCCUAAGUAUAAGCAACAGAAGUCAUUUUUCUGAACCUUGACAGAUUCCAGACUGCUGAUUCAACUUAUGGUUGUGGCUCAUUUUGUACUUCUGAAAAGUUUCAGAAACUGGUUGAUGUUCACCUGAAGGAAACCCCUCUGUCAUUAAGUGGACUGUAUGUGGCUCUGCUCCCGACCUUACAUUGGAAACUAUUCAUUGGAAUAGUCUGGUUAAAGUUUUGGAUGUUGGGAUUUUUAAGUCCACAACAUUAAGUUUUGUCUUCCUUUAAUUUGUUGUUUUGCUCCCCUUAUACUGAAUGUAAGGCUGCCAUGCCAAAAACAAAACAUAUUAUCACUGAAAGGAACAGGAAAUUCAUGGUUUAUAGCAGAAAUAAUUGAUGUGGUACAGAUAUAUUGUUACAAGCUGGUUUUUAGCACCCCCAGAGUAACAUUUAUUCCAGUCUUCAGAAAGAUGCUUUAAACCAUUAAGAAUUGUAUUAAUACAUGUAUAAUAAAAGCCCAUGUAAUAUUUUAUUCCCUAAGAAAAAAAAAGAUGUCAGGUUUGUGAAAUGUGUAACCUUGACAAAAGAGAGAAACAUCAGCUGUGGUAGAGAACAUUUGGUGAAAAAGAACCACAACUGUUUGUGGAGUGAAUAAAAUUAAUAUAACACUGUACUUGAGUAGAUUUUAUUGUCUUAUUUUUGACUGAUGAAAAUACCAUCUUGGAAAAGAAAUCUGUAUAUGUUACCUAUGGUGAAGGUACACAGCACAAAACUUCAGCUUGAUGAAAUCUGUCAACCAGUUUUUAUGUCUCAGCUGCUGGUUGAUUAAGCUGCUUCUUAUUUUGCAUUUAAAUUAAAGAAAUAACCUGUAGCUCUGGGGUAUUUUAUACAAUGCAAUUUAUUUACUUACUGUGUUAUGAAAAUGUCAUUGUUUACUUGAUAUGUUGAUAUGUUAAAAGGAGAUUUCACUUGUACAUACAGUAUCCGUGGAACAAGUUUGCAAGUGCUUCUAUGUCUGUCAUGGCUCUGUAAAUUUAACAUCCUGAGUUUGCUUUAAAUACAUUCCCCUAAAAAUAUAGUGUUCCCCUUAGGACACAUUUUGUUCAGAUCUGUAUACUCCUGGGUUUGGAUCAGUGUUUUCCUGUUGUUUGUUAUGUAAAUAAAUCUCUGAGACUUUGGGUAUUAUUUUUCUGUAUGGUAA